AUGGGAGGGGGAACAAACAACAAUGAUGAGUCUAGUGACAGAGGGCUAUUUUCAAAUCUUGCUGGCUUUGCUGCUGGACACUUUCCCCGGCCUGGAUCACACAAUGGAUAUCCCCCACAAGGUUACCCUCCUCAAGGUGGGUACCCUCCCCAAGGCGGGUACCCUCCCCAAGGUGGAUACCCUCCCCACGGCGGGUACCCUCCUCAAGGCGGGUACCCUCCCCAAGGGGGAUACCCUCCCCAUGGUGGACACUCUCCUUCAGGUGGGUACCCUCCAUCUGGGUAUCCUACUCCCCCUGCAGGAUAUCCACCAACCGCCCAUCCGGCGGCUGGUGGAUAUCCGCCAGCCAGUUAUCCAGGUCAAUCAGCUCCACAUCAUUCAGGGCGUGGAUCUGGCAUGGGAAUGGGAACGAUGCUAGCUGGGGGUGCUGCCGCCGCAGCUGCUGGUUACGGGGUUCACCAUCUUGUUCAUGGGCGUGGUGGUGGUGGUGGUGGCGGCGGCUAUGGUUAUGGGGGUUACCAUGGUGGCUUUGGUCAUGGGAAGUUCAAGCAUGGCAAGCAUGGCAAGUUUAAGCAUGGAAAGCAUGGCAAGUUCAAGAAAUGGAAGUAA